AUGAAGGUUUCACCAACAUACGACGAUAACACACCUAGUAUACAAUAUUCCAAUUCCGACUCUGAAUUAGACAACUCCAGUCAAAACAAUAGCUCCAACGCCAAUCAUCAUCAUCCUUGCCGAGAAUGUGGAAAAUCUUUUGCAACGACCAGUGGACUGAAACAACAUAUGCAUAUACAUUCAUCAAUCAAACCCUUUCAAUGUGAAGUUUGUUUCAAAUCUUAUACACAAUUUUCUAAUCUUUGUCGACAUAAACGAAUGCAUGCUGAUUGCCGCACACAAGUUAAAUGUAGAUUUUGUGGACAAACAUUUUCGAACAGUGCUGCACUCAACAAACACCGACGUUUCUGUGGUGACAUAACCUCAUUUAAUCAUCCUUCUUCAAAAUCUCCUCUAUCAAUUCCAACUUCAGCAGCACCGCCUCCCGCACCACCUCUUCCAACAAUGUCUCUGAAUAAAGAACAAAUGAAUAAUUGGUUAUGGAAUUCUAAUUUUCCCUAUUCACUUCUUCCUUAUUUACCACGUUUAAAUCCAUUCCUCAAUGGAGCAUUAUCCCCUUUUUUCUCUCAAACAUUCUCUUCAUCAACACCUAAUUCAACAGAUCUAUCUCCCGCUAAUUCUAUUGAAGAGAAAGCGACGUCUUCAAAUCCGAAAUCGAGUAGUCCAAAACAAGAACAAUCAAGCAAACGUUCAAACAAUGAAGAUAUUCCUCUGGAUUUAAGUAUAAAAAAAUCUCGCUUCGAUCAUUCGCCAGUCACAUCGAAGUCCUCUUCACCGGAACGCGAGAGUAAAUCUCCUUCAAUCAAUCAACAACAGAAACUACCCUCAUCAUCCAAAUACAAUGUUGAUUCGCUAUUAAACCACGUUAAGAAUCCAAAAUCCAACUUAAAAUUUGAUAUGAUCAAGCAUUUAAACAAUUUCUACCAACAACAAUCAGCAAGCCUCUCCUAUCCACCAGCAUCAUCAUCAUCAACAUCAUCAGCGGCAGCCAAUAACAAUCCGAAUUCAAAUAACAAUAGUCCCUAUGAAAAUUGGCCACAUCAUCAAGGAACCAAUAAAUUGCAAUAUUUGAAUACUCGAAUGAACAAUAAAGAUAAAUACACGUGUUCCUAUUGUGGUAAAGUUUUUCCACGGUCAGCGAAUUUAACUCGACAUUUGCGAACACAUACAGGCGAACAACCUUAUCGUUGCAAAUAUUGCGAACGAUCAUUUUCGAUUUCAUCUAAUCUUCAACGUCAUAUUCGAAAUAUUCAUAACCGAGAAAAGAAAUUUCCAUGCCAUUUAUGUGAUCGACGAUUUGCUCAACAGACAAAUCUUGAACGGCAUUUGACGAAACAUGAACGAGGCUUGCCUCUCGAAGAUUUAUCUGGUGAUGAUGAUACAUCAUUAAAUGAUUAUCCAAUUCAAUCGGCAACGUCAACUAACCCCACGCAACUGAUGAGUAAUGCCGCCGCCACGGCUGCAGCUGUUGCUGCUGCAUUUCAUCAACAACAUACCAUGGAUCUAUUUCAACGUUUGCUACCAGCAAACACGAAUAAUUGUCAAACAGCGACUUCAAUGAUAAACCAACGUCGAUCAUCAUCGAUUUCAUCGACACAUACGACCUCGACAACAAAUUCUUCAUUGCAACAAACCAAUGGUGAUGAAGAUGAUACGAUUCCACAUGAAGAACAUCCCGAUAGUUGUUCACCAUCGAUUCAAUCCGACGAAGAUGAAGAUAUUACAUCGCCAAUUCAUUCUUAA